UGCAAUUCCCUCCAUCCCUUUACGCAAAUGGCCAUCCCUUUACGCAAAUUGACUGGUAUUGUUUUUCUUCUCUUCUUCUGCCCUCCUCUUUCCCAGCCAUUAAUGUCCAGCAGAUGUCCUUCCCACGAAUCCCAAGCUCUGCUCCUCUUCAAAGCUGCCUUGAAUGACUCCAAUGGCUAUCUGAGUUCGUGGGUAAAUGGAACAGACUGCUGCACCUCCUGGUAUGGCAUUUCCUGCGACGAUAACACCAACCACGUUGUCUCUGUCUCUCUUGGUAUCUAUCAAGUAACACCAGGUACUACCAUUCCUACCUGUUUGGCAAAUCUCUCUUAUCUUCACUCUUUAGAUUUAUAUGGUCAUAGCUUUACUGGGACGAUUCCCACUUUCCUUUGUCUGCUCACCCGCCUUACAGUUCUUGAUCUUUCAGACAAUUACUUGAAUGGAAGCAUACCUUCCUGCCUUGGCAAUCUUGCUUCUUUAAGUGACCUUUCCCUAGGUAACAACCAACUUAGUGGAAGAAUACCGGCUUCUCUUGGGAGUCUCUCUUUGUUGAGGGAGUUAACGCUUUAUAACAACCAACUGAGCGGGACCAUUCCCCCUUCAUUUGCUCACCUUUCCUCACUCACUGAAUUGUCUGCUUAUGGCAAUCGUUUCAAUGAAACCGUCUCUUCUUUGUCACUUCCACCUUAUUUACGUACUCUAUAUCUGUCAUUACACCAUUACCAGUCGAUUUCAGAAACUUUCUUUCACAACCUCACAAGAUUAAGUUCUUUGUAUUUAUCUGAUUGUGUCCUAAAUAUUAGCACAACUUGGAUUCCACCCUUUGAUUUAUCUGAUCUACUUUUAGUGUCAUGUAUGAUUGACGGUGAAUUUCCACCUUGGAUUUCAACACAAAUUUCACUUGAACGGUUGGUUAUAACUAAUGCCAGUCUUGUGGGCGUAAUUCCCUCUUGGCUAUGGGAAACCAGUCCUCAGUUAAAUUAUCUAGAUCUUUCAGGAAAUAAAUUGAGUGGGUGCAUCCCAUCAAUGUGGCCUUCUUAUAUGAGUAUACUGCUGCUCAAUGACAAUUUGUUCAGUGGCAAUAUUCAUCCAAACCUGGGCAAGUUAUCUAAUCUCAACAUGUUAAAUCUUGCAAACAACAACAUAACAGGAGUGAUCCCUGUCAGUUUGUCCAAUUGUUCUCAUCUCAAAAUGUUAAAUCUUGCAAACAACAAGAUAACAGGAGUGAUCCCUGUCAGCUUGUCCAAUAGCUCUUUCCUUAUUGUCCUGAAUUUGGGAAAUAAUAGUUUGGAGGGAAGCUUACCAUAUGAGUUUAGUAAGCUGAGUGAAUUAUAUUCAUUAGUUGUUCACAGUAAUAAUCUGAAUGGAUCAUUCCCUUCUUCAAUAGCAAAUUGUUCAAAACUACAGGUUCUUGAUAUUGGAAACAAUUUGUUUGAAGGCCAAAUACCAACAUUAAUUGGAAAUAUCUCAGAGCUAAAAGUAUUGAUAAUGAAGGAGAACAAAUUUACAGGCAGUAUUCCUUUAGAGAUAGGUCAAUUAAAGCACCUCCAGAUCUUGCUCCUUUCUUCCAAUCAUAUCUCAGGUUCAAUUCCGCACACAAUUGUAUUCUCGCAAGCAAUGGCAAAUGAAAGUCAAAAUGGUUUUGUAUUAUCCACUUAUAUUAGUGGGCCAGUAUAUCAAGAUGGAUUGGAUAUGAUUUUAAAAGGUACAUAUCAGCACUACCAAUAUAUUCUUUCCACACUCACAUCCAUAGAUCUCUCAAGCAAUGAAUUGGAGGGAAAAGUUCCUUCUAAUUUUGGGGAUUUGAAGGGGCUAAGGCUUCUAAACCUUUCAAUGAACAACUUGAAUGGGACCAUUCCAAAAAGUUUUGGAGAAAUGCAUCAAUUGGAUUCCUUAGACCUUUCAAGAAAUCAUUUUUCAGGACAAAUCCCUACAGAGCUUGAUUCUCUAAGCUUUUUGGGUUCACUGGAUCUAUCAAACAACCACCUUUCAGGAAGCAUACCACAAGGAAAACAUAUGAUUGGCUUUGGAGAAUCCUCUUAUUCAGGGAAUCCUAAUUUAUGGGGGUGUCCCCUACCCAGAAAUUGUUCUUGGCGACAGUUUGUUCCUUCUCCUCCUCCAAUUUACAUUAAUAAAAUAAAGAAAAGCACUAAAUAUCCAUGGUAUGCGAUAUCAUUGGGAUUGUCCUUUGGAAUGGCUUUUGGGGGGAUAAUAUCAUUGAUCGUGAUAAAAAUCAGUUGGAGAAAUGAAUACUUUAACAAAGUUGAUGCAAUCCUAAAGUUCUUAUUUCCCUGGAUGAAGAAUUUGACAUUGUGAAGAUAUCUACAAGUCAUUGAAAGGAAUCUAUUUUUUCUUAUGAAGAUUUUUGGUGUUUCUAAAGACUAUAUUGCACAUGCUUUUGAGAAAGACAUACAUGCAAUUACAUCAUAUACUUCCAUGGAGGAUAGAUUUGAAAGUAUGAACAACAUACAGAUUGUGUGGAAACUUUUAUUUAAGAUAGUGAUAUAUGCAUGUUUUUCUUUUGCUUAAAUUUGGUUUUGUAGUGCUUUUGUAUCUCCUCUAUCCCUGAAAAGCAGAACAAUAUGGGUGGAUAUAUGUAGAACAGCAAUACUUUGCAAAACUUUCUUAAAAAUGGUAACAACACUUGUGUGUCUUUCAA